AUGUCAGAAUUAAUGAUUUCCGAGGAUAUUUUUAAUAUUGACAUUGAAAUAGAGACGGAGAGAACCGAAAGGAAGAUCAAAGAAAGAGUUGAACAACAUUCACAGUACGUGCCAAAACAUGAUUAUGAUGGGUGGUUUCAUAAGUCGAAAACGCCCACCUUCGAUUUGCUCGUCCAAAAGAAUGGACCAAAUCAAUUAAAACAAUCCAUCGAUCAUUAUUAUUUCCACAAAAAUUUUCAAGAAUCGUUGAGACUCUCGUUGGAAUUUGUUGAAUUUGUGGAGGACCGUAAUAAAAAAAUUGCUUGCGAAGGUGAUGGUAAUGUCGAUGACGAGGAAAAGAAGCAACAAUAUCUGCACUCAAACCCAAACAAAUUAACAAGCACCCGAGACAUGCUGGAGAUCGGUGCCCGCAGUGCCCUGAAAUUGGGAAAUGUUGAGAUAGCGGUGAAAUGCGCUGAUAAGUUGAGUUCUGAACAACUUUUUAUCGAAGAACCAGACAUAACUCUAGAGGAUACUUUCAUUGCACAAAUUUCUUUGUUGAGCUUUCAUCGUGCUCUUAAAAUUAUGAAAACCUCAGAAUGGUUCAAUUCUAUUGAUUUCGUAUCUAAUAGAUUUAUUCGUGAAAAAGUACAAAUAGAAACGCUGAUCCAUAAGUUGGAAGAGGAAGGUGUGGACAUGGAGGGUGCUUACGUGGGCGGAGAGAAUUCAAAAUUAGGGUUGGAAAAAUACGGGUUCGAAUCUGAAAUGAUAAAUUACAUAUUAACGGAAUGCAAGGCGGAUGUAAGGGUGAGCGUCGACCAGGAAAAAUCGGUAGAUCAGUUAUAA